UCCAAUAUUUGGCAAGAGCAUUUUGUGAUCUUUUUACACUGCAAGUAUUGUUUUCUCUGCGAUCUAAUUGCAGUGAGAUCCAGAUAUGGUGAGUACGCUGGAGACUGAUCUUGAACUCCAAACCUCAGCUUUGAAGUUUCUGGAGAUAUUUUCCACCAAAACCUAUGAGCUCGCCACUAUCUCCCCUGACAUCAUUCAAAGUCUUGAAAUUGUUGGCGGUGUCUGGGGCACUGCAGGCUUCUCCUUUGUCAUAAAUUACACAGUAGAUGGAAUAGCACAGGUGGCUAAGGAGGUGGUGGAAACCAUAAACAUAACAGACCUAUCCAUCACAUUCAAAGUGAUGGAGGGAGAUCUGUUGGAUGUGUACAAUAGCUUCAGGUUUAUUCUGAAACUGACUCCAAAUAUACUCACGGGAAGCGUUGUGCACUGGACUUUGGAGUAUGAGAAGCCGAGAGAUGAAACUCCUGAUCCGACCUCCCUGAUGGAGGAGGUUAUUCAGGUAUCAAAAGACGUUGAUGCUUACGUUAGCAGCCUCAUGUAGACAUUAAUUAAUAAUUUGCUUUCCUUAAAGCAUGUAAUUAGCUGCCCUACGUAUGUAAUAAUUAAGGUUGGUGUGUCAAAUAAAAGUUGACUUUGUCAGCUGCGGCACAUAUGCGAUGCGUGUCUCUUUAUUAUAUGCUGCUGUUUUGGAAAAUUGGGUUAUCGCGCUUGGCAUGAGCAAGCGCUUAUGUGCUUAUGCUUGUACAAUUGACUUUUUACGCAAGUUCAAUUCCUGCUCUGUAAAUUCA